CAGGCAGUAGGGACACACACACACACACACACAGAGAGGAGGAGGGAGAGAGAGAGGGAUGGAACAGCUGGAUACACUUCACCUCUCCGGGUUUAUUCACAAAUCAACUCUGUUCUGUUACUAUGAGUAGAUAAGGAGUCUGUAAUCUGUUUCCGGGUCACCGUCACUUCCGGUUCAGGUUCAGGCCCCUGUACACACUGGCAUGUUCUCAGACAUCAUGGACUACGAGCUCGAGGAGGACAAGCUUGGGAUUCCCACAGUUCCUGGAACAGUGACACUAAAGAAGGACACUCAGAACCUGAUUGGGAUCAGUAUAGGGGGCGGGGCUCAGUACUGCCCCUGUCUCUACAUCGUACAGGUAUUUGAUAACACUCCAGCAGCGCGGGACGGGACAUUGGCAGCGGGUGAUGAGAUCACAGGAGUGAACGGGAAACCAGUAAAGGGAAAGACCAAGGUCGAGGUGGCCAAGAUGAUACAGGCUGUACAGGGUGAAGCAGUGAUACACUACAAUAAACUGCAGGCCGACCCCAAACAGGGCAAAUCACUGGAUAUCGUGUUAAAGAAGGUGAAGCACCGGUUGGUGGAGAACAUGAGCUCAGGGACGGCGGACGCACUCGGACUGAGCAGAGCCAUCCUCUGUAACGAUGGACUUGUAAAGAAACUAGAGGAACUGGAGAAGACUGCGGAGCUGUACAAGGGCUUGAUGGAACACAGUAAGCGGUUACUCAGAGCGUUCUUUGAGCUCUCACAGACACACAGAGCGUUUGGGAACGUGUUCUCGGUGAUCGGCGUUCGGGAGCCGCAGGCUGCAGCCAGUGAGGCGUUUGUGAAGUUCGCAGAAGCUCAUCGUAACAUCGAGAAGUUUGGCAUCCAGCUGCUGAAGACCAUCAAACCCAUGCUGCAUGAUUUGAACACGUACCUCCACAAGGCGAUUCCAGACACCAAACUGACCAUCCGGAAGUAUCUGGACGUCAAGUUCGAGUACCUGUCGUACUGUCUGAAGGUGAAGGAGAUGGAUGAUGAGGAGUACAGCUGCAUCGCGCUGGGAGAACCCUUGUACCGCGUCAGCACGGGGAAUUACGAGUAUCGUCUGAUCCUACGCUGUCGACAGGAGGCUCGCUCUCGAUUUGCUAAAAUGCGUAAAGACGUCCUGGAGAAGAUCGAGCUGCUCGACCAGAAACAUGUUCAGGACAUUGUGUUUCAGCUGCAGAGGUUCGUCUCGGGGAUGUCGCGUUACUAUGACGAGUGUUACGCCGUGCUGAAGGAGGCCGACGUCUUCCCCAUCGAGGUGGACCUCUCACGCACCACCCUCAACUACACCGCGCCCAACUACGAGGACGAGGAGGAGGGAGAGGACGAGAGGGAGGACGAGGACAAGAGGAGCGGACAGACCGAGAACGGGGCGGAGAAACUGAUCGAUGAUGAAUGAGUGAAGAGGAAGAGUCGAACCGAUGCUGUGUGUGUGUGUGUGUGUGUGUGUGUGUGUGUGGUGUAUUUUUACACAUUCCUUUAAGUGUAAUCAUGGUCCAGGUAAUGUGUGUGUGAGGGGACCAGGCAGGGUGUGUCUCAGUGCUUACACAUCUGAAGUGCUCUCAGCUCCUCCACACACUCGAUGAUGUCAUGCGCUCACCUUAACCACCACAGACACUCCUCCUCUUGUGAAGCACUACAGCGUAUGAUUUGGGACGGAGCCUGACAUUUUAAGACAUGCGUGCAAAAGUAUUUGUCCAAACCUGUUGAUUAUUUCCCAGUAAAGGACACUCCUAAUGCUUCAGCGUAUCAGGACAUAUUGGACAAUUCUGCGCUUCACUAAACUCAGUGUCCACAGUUUGGGGAAGGCCCUUUACUAUUUCAACGUGAUUGCGGACUAUAAAGACACACCGUGAUAAGUUCGAGAUCUUAAGCGGCCCGAACACAGAGCCCUGAGAUCUCAACCCCAUUGAGAACCUUUAUGAUGGACU